GCCAUCGCCACCGCGAUCGCCGAGGUGACCAUCUCGGUGGGGCCACGCUGACCAUGCUCAGGAGCUUCUGUCUUCAGCUCAUGUCCUUGCUUUGGAUCCUAGUGGCCCAUCACCCUUUUGCCCAAGGUGAUGACUGUAAUGACCACUGUAACUUGGCCCAUGGCAGCUGUGAAGAGGACGGCAAAUGCAGGUGUGACCCAGGUUGGGAAGGGAAAUAUUGUGAACAGUGUGUGAGGAUGCUAGGCUGUACCCAUGGAACAUGCCACCAACCUUGGCAAUGCAUCUGUCAAAGUGGCUGGGCUGGCAAGUUCUGUGACAAAGAUGUGCAUAUCUGUGAGCACCAGUCCCCCUGCCAGAACGGAGCCCAGUGUGUCUAUGACCGAGACGGAGAAUAUUCCUGCCUGUGCCUUGAAGGAUUCCAUGGGAAGGACUGCGAGCUGAAGACAGGGCCGUGUGAAAAGGCAGGAUUUCCAUGCAAGAAUGGCGGGCAGUGCCAGGACAAGAACGGCUUUGCUAGCAACUACACCUGCAAGUGCCUGGCAGGAUUCAUCGGUUCACGUUGCGAAAUUGACGUCGACGACUGCCUGAUGCGUCCCUGUGCCAAUGGUGCCACUUGCCUCGACGGCAUCAACCGCUUCUCCUGCCAGUGCCAGGCAGGCUUUGAAGGACGCUUCUGCACCAUCAACGUUGAUGAUUGUGCCAGCCAGCCGUGCAGGAAUGGGGCAAAGUGCUACGAUCGCAUCGACGACUUUGAUUGUUUGUGUCCCGAUAGAUUUGUUGGCAAAUCUUGUGAGCUCCCUGCUCCCGAGCCAACCUGGGUCACCACAUUUCAGCCUGAUCACAACGGUGUUGUGAAAAGCACGGCCGGCAGUGACAUUUGGACGACCCAGACUGAGCCAGUUAGGAUGGUGGUCACUGGGAAACGGAUCACUAACAACAGUGAGAAACCAAACGCAGGAGGGCUGCUAAUCUCCGUGAAAGAGGUGGUGACGCAGCAGGAGUCUGGGUUGAGUCAGUCGCAGCUGAUUUUAGUGCUGGUGUUCGGGCUGCUCACUGUUGUGCUUGUCUUGGUAACUGUUUUGUUGCUGCUGAAGAACUGGCAGAGGGGGCGCCGGAGGUGCCAAAGCCCCGCGCAGUCCGCACGGAAACUUCAGGACCAAGAGUGUCAAGUGGGAAUGUUAAGUACAGUCUUGAUAGAACCCAGGAAAACAACAGAGCUGUAAGGACGCACAGUUGGACUCUGGCCAACCUACAUACACCCAUCAAUGAAUCCUUCAAACCAUGUCCUGGAGCUGUUCUGGCUGCGUGUUUCCAAACUACUGAAGGGCUCCGGUAGAACUUAAGUUUGUGAAACAGCAGGAAGGAGGAUUCCUACGAGGUAGCAAAUCCUUGUUUGAAAGCAAGAGUCCUUGAAUGUGUGCAGCUUAAGGCAUUCGAGUGGUAACACCAACUUACCAAGAGAGCCAAAGGAGAUUCUGGGUCACGAUAACCCGGUGCUGGCAACAGCAAGCAAGACGGAUGUAUUCCAUCCCGCGUGCACUAAAGGGAGAAACGAGGCCAAGUACGUCAGAGCAGGCUGUAGGAGCCAAAACUCCGUUAGGCCCUUGGGCAUC